GAGGACAGAAACUUUGUGUCUCGUUCGCUGGUGCUUGCGAGAUAGGCCCAAGAAGGCAGGUUCCUGUCAAAGCACGUUCAACGGCGUGCACUGGCACAGAAGGCAUCAGAGGUUUCAGGCGAGAGUAUGUUUUGAAGGAAGAUGUCACUACACGGGAUAUUUCUCGAAUGACACGGAAGCAGCCUGUGCUUUUGAUGCAAAGUUGCGUGCAAUUUGCACGGAUCCUGUGCGAUUAAAGAAAUCCUUGAACUUUCCGACGAAGGCGGAGGCAUCCUAUGAAGAACCAUUGUCGGAGAGGCGCUCCCGGGGCCUCAAAAAGAGCUCCCAAAACUCUGCCAAAGACGUGGAGUCGUUCCAGCAUUUGCAGCAUCGCUUCUCGAAAUCUCCACAGGCGUCAGAGUUUGAGAUUGUCAACAUUCCCUCCCAGUCACGAGUUGAUGCUUUGUUUCAGCCCCGGGGGUCGAAGAGCGUAGGUUUGCCCCUUCAGCUCAAGUCCUCGACAAACCGUAACAAGAACAGCGGUGAGUGCUAUGCUUUUCAGCGCACCAGCGGCUACGAUGGCAUGGUGCUGGUUCUGAUCGCUCUAGACUGUGACAUGAUUUGGAUGGUUCCCGGAAGCGAGGUGUCACAGACAAGUUUGUGGAUCACACUCGGAUCGAAACGGGACAAGGCAUGGCGAGUGAGCCAGGUAGGGCUUGUGCUGGCGGAGUACUUCAGGAAGGGCACAGUGCCCCAUGUACCAUUGCAGGACGCAUUAAUGCAAUGUGGCGACAACCACAUUGUGGAAGAGCAUUCUCACGCCCAACUUGCUUCGGUACUUGGAUCAGUCGGGCUUCGACUUCAUCGGCCGCCCAAUGUGUAUUAUGACGUGGUGGAUUCCGUGCUCAGCUGGCAGGAACACGAGUGGCGCGUGCAAGAGAAGGCAACACACAUGUGGUCCCACGGAAGGUACGGUGCGAACCUCCGGAAGAGCGGCGGCUGCCUUGGCCCCCGUGCGUAUGCUCAGACGGAUUUUGACAUCCUCAUAGUCUCGCUUCUGGACGUUUCAGACCGUCUUCUUGGGAUCUUUCUGUUUCCGAGCUGUGUGUUGGCGAAACGCAGGCUCGUUGGAAAUAAUCACAAGUCAGUGCAGCUGUACCUGUACCCUCCGUGGUCACAGCCCAAACCUCCAGCAGUGGCAGCGAGGCAUAGCUGGCAGUUGGAUCACUUCGUAGACCUGCGAAGCUGGAAAGGGAAAGAUUUCCACUUGGAUCCCAGUAGCAUGGAGAGCUUGACCGAGCUGCUCGACAAGCUGCUCGACAAUCCAGCCCAGGCAUACUCGCCGGAAUGGCCGGUGACGCACCGCUUUCCCAUGUGGAAAUUCAAGGAUUUGGCCGAGCUCCUGGUGGAGGAAGGUCUCGUGGAGUCCUUUUCUGACUUCGUCACGCCCCAAGAUCCGCCGGAUGAGUGGUUUACUUUGGCCCAUGAGGAGGAAUACUACAGAGGCUUCGUUGAGAACUCACUGGAUCCUGUUCGCUGGCGACGCAUUGGGUUCACUCAGCGACCGGAUCACCGGGCCCUUGUUCGUCGGACAAGGCUUGAGGUGGCAGGGACGCUGCUGACGGCACGGUUGGCUCUGGAGACCGGUUUGGCUUGCAACACUGCCGGCGGGACGCACCAUGCCCAUCGAGCCUGGGGAAGCGGGUACACCGCGCUCAACGACCUGGCGGUCACCAGCAAGGUUCUGCUGCAGGAGGGUGUGGUGAGCCGCAUCCUGAUUUGCGACCUAGACGUCCACCAAGGGGACGGCACGGCGGAGAUUCUGCGUGAGGAUGCACAAGCCUUCACCUUGUCCGUACACUGCAAGGACAACUUCCCCUUCGGCUUCAAGGGCAUGACCCAUCUGGGACAUGACAAGAGUGACCUGGAUGUCGGGCUGGCGAAGGGAACCGGCGAUGAGGUUUUCCUCUCCACGAUAUCCGAGCACCUGCUGGGCGCCUUGGACGACUUUCGGCCGGACUUGGUGCUCUACGACGCCGGCGUCGACAUCCACGUGGACGAUGAUCUCGGGAACUUGUGCAUCUCUUGGGACGGCCUUCGGAAGCGCGAGGACCUGGUGAUCAACGCCUGCCUGUCCAAGCGCAUUCCGAUCGCCUGUGUCAUCGGGGGUGGCUACGACCGAGAUCCUCGACAUUUGGCUCAUCGCCAUGGGGCAGUUCACCGAGUGGCGCAUGAAGCAUGGCGGUUGUCCGUUCGGCUUCCGGAUGGCAGCUUCGUUGUGGGCGAUCUCGCGGUGCACUCAAGCCGAGGCACCGGGCCCCACGACGCCCUGCAGCGGACAUGGGCGACGCAGCAGCGCUGCCGCCCCACCCCGCAGCUACCCUGGCCGCAGCUCCGGAAGGAUCUGUCGACACUCGCGCUGUCCUUGCUUAACUUCGGCCGUGUGGACGCCGGUCUACAUCGCCGGCUCCAUGAUGCCGGGGAGCGUGCUGCCAGGUCCCUGAGCAGAGCACAAGCAAGGGACUGCUGUAGUGCCAUGUUAGAGCCUUAUAAGGUUCUUAUUCGGGUCUGUUGUUGA